CUCUCUCUCUCUCUCUCUCGAUCCCUACCGCGAUGUUUGCCGAGGGCGGAGAGAGGGGCGUUCCGGGUGGCGGCCCCCUGGAUCUGAGUGCGGCGUCGAGGAUUUGGCCCAACUAUUUCCCGCAGGUGGAGUUCGCCUUGGAGGAUCGCAAGGUCAAGCUCGUCGCGCUGCUUGCUGAUUUCUUCUGCACACCCCAGGCCGAUCCUUUCCUUUCUCAGGUGCAAGAUGAUUGUGGCACCUUCUUUCUCCCCAUUGACAUGCAGCAUUUCCAGAAGGCAUGUGGAGUUGAUGAAUUUUAUGCCGUUUUGGAGGAAGCACCUAAGGAAGCUCUGUCAUGCAUGGGUGCUGCAGUUCACAUGGUUCUCUCAACAAAGAAGAUUAAUUAUCAUUUGGAGGAUGCAGAGAAAAUAAACAUUAGGCUAUAUAACCACCCUGAUUCAAUGAUCACUUUAAAGAACUUGAAAGCUGCAUAUAUAGGGAAGCUAGUUUCAGUGCGUGGUUCUGUUGUCAAGGUCAGCACAACCAGACCUUUGGUUCUGCAGAUGGAAUUUGCAUGUGGAAAGUGUGGAACUGUUAUUGCGCGUGUAUUCCCUGAUGGAAAGUUUUCUCCUCCAGUAGCUUGCAGCAUCCAUGGAUGCAGGAGCAGAACUUUUAUGCCAAAUAGAUCUACUGCAAAACUGAUAGAUUUUCAGAAAAUAAGAGUCCAGGAACUUCUUAAAUCUGAAAAUCAUGAAGAGGGUCGGGUGCCUCGAACUGUUGAGUGUGAAUUGGCUGAGGAUCUUGUUGAUUCUUGCAUUCCUGGUGAUGUUAUAACAGUUACUGGAAUUAUAAAAGUAAUUAAUAAUUACAUGGACAUUGGAGGAGGAAGGUCCAAAAACAAGAAUCAGGGGCUGUAUUAUCUAUAUCUGGAAGCAGUUUCUGUUAGAAACUCAAAAUCUCAGAGUACUGAGGAUGUUCGUGUAACUAAUUCUGAAAGUGGAGCUUAUAUGCUGUUUGAUUUUUUUUCCUUUUCACCAAGAGAUCUUGAAUUUAUUGUGAAAUUCUCUGAGGAGCAUGGUUCUGACAUAUUCCGUCAGAUAGUUCAUUCUUUCUGCCCCUCUAUCUAUGGGCAUGAACUUGUGAAAGCUGGCAUUGUGCUUGCACUAUUUGGGGGGGUGCAAAAGCAUUCGGUGGAUCAAAACAAGGUCCCAGUUCGAGGAGAUAUUCAUGUCAUUAUUGUUGGUGAUCCUGGAUUAGGUAAGAGCCAACUCCUGCAAGCAGCAGCAGCAGUUUCCCCUCGAGGCAUCUAUGUUUGUGGCAAUGCAACUACCAAUGCUGGCCUAACUGUUGCUGUCGUUAAAGAUCCUAUGACAAGUGAUUAUGCAUUUGAGGCUGGUGCCAUGGUUCUUGCUGAUCGUGGGUUAUGCUGUAUUGAUGAGUUUGAUAAAAUGUCUGCGGAACAUCAGGCUUUACUGGAAGCCAUGGAACAACAAUGUGUCUCUGUUGCAAAGGCUGGAUUGGUGGCAAGUUUGUCAGCUCGUACCUCUGUUUUAGCAGCAGCAAAUCCUGUUGGCGGUCAUUAUAACCGGGCAAAAACUGUCAAUGAAAAUUUAAGAAUGAGUGCUGCUCUCCUCUCACGAUUCGAUUUGGUUUUCAUUUUACUGGACAAACCAGAUGAGCUGCUGGAUAAGCGUGUCUCUGACCAUAUAAUGGCACUUCAUACAAGGAAUUCAGAGCAUUUGUUUUCUACCAAGAAGCAACGCACAGCUAUGCAACCUGACAAGAACAUGGAGGUAGGUGUUCGUAUUGGUUCAUUGAGUUCAAGGUUGAGACUGGACCCGGUGAAAGACAAGGACUUUGUUCCCCUUCCUGGUCCUCUUAUUCGCAAGUAUAUUGCUUAUGCAAGAAACUUCAUCUUCCCUAGGAUGUCUAGACCAGCAGCUGAGAUUUUGCAGAAAUUUUAUCUGCAACUUAGAGAUAAUAGUACUUCAGCUGAUGGCACACCUAUCACUGCAAGGCAGUUGGAAAGCCUAGUGAGGCUUGCAGAGGCUCGUGCUCGAUUGGAUCUCAGAGAAGAAAUGACCGUUGAAGAUGCAAUGGACGUGGUCGAGAUAAUGAAAGAAUCCUUGUAUGAUAAAUAUGUUGAUGAGCGUGGUUUUGUCGAUUUUGCACGGAGUGGUGGGAUGAGUCAACAGAAGGAGGCAAAAAGAUUCCUGGGUGCUCUUCACAAACAGUCCGAGUUGCAGCAAAAAGAUUGCUUCUCAAUUUCUGAGAUAUACAGCUUGGCAGACAAAAUCAGUUUGCGGGUUCCAGAUAUAGAUACAUUUGUGGAAAAUUUGAACAGUGUAGGAUAUCUGCUUAAAAAAGGACCUAAGAUGUAUCAGGUUUUGUCUUCGUCAUACUCUCACAGCCAGUCAACAAGAUCAAGAUGCUAAUAGUCGCUUGAGCAUUUAGAUUGUGGUAAAAGAGUUUCAAAGAGGACAGGUCUACCGAUAUAUUGCCAGGUUUGACGAAGCUAUUCUUCUGUUAUUAUUGGAUAUGCAUUCAUGGGUAAUAGAAUCAUUGGCUUUUGUCAAUUUUGAGUUAUAUGUGAUCAUCGUACCACAUAUUUGUUAUCUUUUACAAAUGAUGUUUCUUGUUUGUCUCAUGGUAUAUAAAGAUCAUUCAAGAACUUCACAUUCUUUUUUGUUGAUCUCCUGCAGUGCAAGGAAUACAAUAUUAGCUUGCUGAAAGUGUAUUCUGCGCAUCACAGUUGAUAGGGCUUAGCUUAGCCAAAUUUACUCAUUCAUGCUUUUCUGUUCAAUUCUCCAUCGGAAGUGUAUUCUGCUGCUCGUUUUUGCAUGAAAGGUCUGUAUUUUUCUUCUCCACCCCCCACCC